AUGAAAAAUAAUUCCACGUAUUUCGAUUCUUUGACAUGGAACUGUUCAUCAAUGCAACUAUACUUUGUUCACAUCCCACGAGACUAUCAUUACAAAAAUAUUUUACAGGGUUUUAUCCUAAUCAAUGCUUUGGUAGCCGUGUUAGCCAUCUGCUGUAACUUAAUCGUUAUUUACACGAUCUCGCGAACACCUUCUCUUCAAAAGCCCUCAUAUUUUCUGAUUCUCGGAUUAGCAGUAUCUGACUUUGGGGUAGGUCUGUUGUCACAACCGACGUACGCUGUCAAUAAGUUUGCUGAGCUGACAGGGAGAGUGACAGUGUUUUGUAUCACUGGUAAGGUAUUCAGUUCAACUGCUAUAAUAUUUACAGUGAUAUCGUUUUUCACACUGUCAGCAAUCACCUCGGACCGAUUCCUUGCCGUUCAACUUCACCUACGAUACCAAGAGGUUGUUACAACUAAACGCUGUUUCGCUGUUAUUGCUUUAAUAUGGAUCUCCGGCUUACUGAUCAGUCUUGGUAGAAUGCUAGCACUCGGGCUCCCAUUUCUUAUCACAGUUAUUAUCAUAUUUAUCUCUCUACUUCUUCUCAACGCAUUUUUUCUCGGGAAAAUUUAUCAAGUAAUUCGCAGACACUCGGUACAGAUACGAGCCCAGCAACACUCCGCACAGCAGGCUUUUGACAUGCGCAAAUUUAGAAAGACCAUCAAUACCGUGGAUUUUAUCAUCCUUGCAUUUCUAUUGUGUUAUGUGCCGUAUGCUGGAGCAUUAAUCAUUCUUGUGGUAAGGCAGCAACGUACUGAAGGUAUUCGCCUUUUACUAACAGUAACUGAAUCUUUCGUCAUGUUUAAUGGCGUGCUCAAUCCAAUUAUUUAUUGUUUGCGAAUUCAAGAAAUACGGAAUAUCGUUCGGCGGUUCUACGGAAAGUUCUCGGAACAACAAAACCUAGAACAAUAA